AUGGACAUGAGAUACACUAACGUACCAAUGAACCUAAAUGAAUGCCCAAUUACCCUUGGUGAUAAAGAAUGGGGGGUAUUGUCUGAACAUGUGCCUCAGAUGGUUUACACCAUCUACAAACGUACUAUUGUCAAAUUAUUGGUUAAUCAUUACAACGGCAAAUUAAUAGUAUCCGACAGAAAGAACAACCAGAUUGUGAAAUCCAACGUUUCGUUCGUAUUUAACCAAGUCCCAAUUAGUAAUGAGAAUGUACACAGUUAUUCCUCGCCCAUCCACAAAGAGAAUGUUGUAUGGUUGGUACCUCGUGCAAAAAUCAUACCACCGAUGGAGGUAAUCUUCGUUACCUUUGAAAAACAAGUUUGGAUUUUGAUCGUCGUCAGUUUCAUCAUUGUAACGGCCGCGUGGUGGUUUAUUAUGUCAUGCAAACAAAGGAGAUGGAAUAUGGGAAAUAUGGCAAUUGCGAUGACAAAUUUGACUUCACUCACAAUUCUUGGUUCCGUCGCCAAAGUUCCGAAAUCUGCCAUUCUAUGCUGUGUGCUAAUCACGUACUUAGUAUACGUUAUCCACAUCAAUUGUGGCUUCACAGCCAACUUGAUCAACAUCUUGACACAACCGCAGUAUGAGUUCCAAAUCAGCAACCUAAAGCAACUGGCAGACUCUAACCUUCCCAUAUACGCUCCUGAUAAAUUUUUGGAGUUCCAAUUUCACAGUAACGUCACCGACUGUGAACUGUACACAAAACUGAAGUCGUUGACAGUUCCCAUUAAAAGCUCCCAGGAAUAUGUCAUGGUGUUCUUAAAAAUCAGCAAACAUGGCAAUAGUGCGCUUGUAACAUUAGAAGAACAUUUGUUUAACAUGCAGAGGGAAUUCAGCAAUGAGCUAAAGGUAUACAAAAUUAUAGACAACAGCAUCACAUGGCGAAUAAAUUAUUUUCGCAACCAUUACUUCGGGGUCUACUUCGAGAACUUUAUUGCAGCAAUUACAGAAUCCGGAAUCGGCAACGAAAUCUAUAAAAAUUUGAAAGAGGCGUUUUUGAAAGUGCCCAGGGCUGAAGAUGACGAGAAAGUGGUGCUAACCUUACGCCAUCUGUGCUUUGCAUUUGCCUUACUUGGUUUGGGAUUGUCACUGUCAAUGGUGGUGUUUUUUGUUGAACUCGCAAUAGCAAAAUGCACCUAUCGUUGUAAGUAG